AUGCGUGCUGCCCCCACUCUACCGCCAGAGGGCAGCACGUGCACGAAGCAUAAGCCCUUCGGGAACCUGGUUCUCCAGCAGGUGGCGGGCGAGAGGAGGAGCGCCCCUUCAUGCCUCCCGAGCUCCCUAUCCCCGCCCCCGUCCUCAGCCCCGCCUCUGGGGCGGGCUCCGGGCCGGGCCGGCGCCGCCUCCCCUUCUCCGGGCCGGCCCGGCCGCACAGCCCCGAGCCACCCGGGCAACGAGCGCCGCGUCCCCGGCCUGCCCGGCCCGGCCAGGCUCGGCCUCCCCUCCCGGGUCCGCCACCCCAGGCCAUGGAGCCGCGUCCCCCAGGGUCCCGCAGGCGCCCCCCCACCCCAUCCCGGUCCUCGGGUUAUCCGGCCCAUCCCCCACGACCGGCGCGGCCCCAACCAAUCUCCGGAUCCCAUCUGGCGCCCCCCAGACUGCUGCCACCAUGCUGGAUACCCCGGCCUCUGUUUCUCAGACCCUUGA